AUGCCAUCUUUCUACAACACUGGCCUCCCGGCCUUUCCUCUUACCCCCCCUCAUAUCACCGGUGCCGGCAGGAUGGAGAACGAACCCCCAUUCUACGUCCUUGGUCACUCGGCCGCUUUCCCUCCCCGCUACUCCCAGAACGGUUGUGAAUUCAUCGAGCAAUACUCCCAGCAGUCAUCUUGCUACGGCAAGCCCCCGAUGAACCACCAACAGCCGCCUAUGCAUUCGAUGCGUACAGGGAGAGACAUGACCGCGUUAAGUCAACCUAUGUUCGGUCCCAUGCAUGCCGCCAAUGUACUGCCCCCGAUCCGCAACAACGUCCAGUUGCCCCCGAUGGACCGUGCCGUUCCUCCGCAGUAUCGCCGACAAGAGCCGAUCGCCCAACCCGAACAGCCCCGAAAAGAAGAGAAGGCUACCGGAGGCGUUGCCGCUUACCUAGACUAUGAGAUGGAACAGAUGGCCGACUUCGUGGCUGAGAUGGCCCAGGGAAUGUAUGAGUUGUACAUCACCAGAAUCAACUUAUCUGAUAUUGACUUCGCGCGAAGCGUCUACCCAGGAUCGUCUGUCCCACCGCAGUUCCGGAAAUACGUUCUUCAAAUUCUGUCGUCGACUCGUCUCCCGAGCGCUACCAUCCUCUUGGGUCUUUACUACCUCUCUUGUCGGAUGCGUAUGCUUUCUUCCGCUAAGGUUUACAGCACCGGCAGUGGCCAGGUUUACCGAAUGCUUACGGUCGCUUUGCUUCUGGGAAGCAAGUUCUUGGAUGACAACACCUUCCAGAACAAAUCCUGGGCUGAAGUUAGCAACAUUCCCGUGAGUGAGUUGAACUCCAUGGAGCUCGAUUGGCUCUUUGCUUUCGAAUGGAAGAUCCACGAUCGCAUCUAUGACAAACAGGAUGGUUUCAAGUCGUGGCGCUCCCACUGGGAGAAAUGGUGUACCAAGUCUUCCCUUAAAACUCAAGAGCCUCGGCACACCCUCGCUCCGAUUGACACGAACAUCACUCGAAGCAACCGGGUCUCGAAGCCUCUUCUCUCUCCUGAAGGUCCAAUUCCUCCGCAGUACCAGCGGAGCACUCAGUACGAAAACUCUUGGCUCAACCCUGCAGCUUCAGAGUAUUCGCCGCCUUCUGCUCCUCACAGCGGCCCGACCACACCGGACUACUACUCGGUGGGCCCGUGGGCGUACUCGAACCCCCCACCGCCAUACUCGAGCACUUGGGUGCCUCAGCAACAGUAUCUGCCGCCGCCGCGAUCGCAGCCGCCAUCCUACCACCACACUCCAUCGUACGGGUUCCCCUACCCGCACGGUGGUUGGGCAACUGGUCAUGGCUCAUCGUGCGGUUGCCCAUAUUGCGCUAAGAGCAUGGAACACUACAUGUGCGCCAACCUAGUCGGCUCGAUGCAACCCAUCCUUGCGGCUUGA